GAUUUGACAUUUAACACUUUUGAAAGUUGUUAUUAGUUAUAAUUGUUUUUAUUUUUGUUUUAAACGAUGGAUUCGUUUCUCGAACCCUCUAUAAGUGUCCCAGAACCAACGCCAAUAGAUAAAUACAUAUUUAGACCAGUUGUUCCUGAAGUUUCUAUGAUUAGCAAUACAAAAACAAGUUUAGACGAAUUCUCUUCCCAAGAAAAUCUUUUACAAAUGAAACGAUUCGAUACUUCAACUACGGAUAAUGCCAUUCCCGUAGGUUAUAGAACGUUACAAGCUCAAUUCGCCAAGAAACAAGUAAGAUUUGAAAGUCCUACAUCGCAAAUUAACACACACAAACCCUUAUCUUCCGAUAAUAGAGAAACUAUAGCUUCUAGUUAUCAAAAUUUUAGUGCAAUUCGUAAACAAGUCCCUCCUAAUAAUCCAAAACCAUUCGAACAAAUUUAUAUGGCAAAUAUACCAGAUAGAAAACUAGAUUUAAGUUUAAUAGAUUUACCCAAAAGGAAAUUAAAUGUAGUAGAAAAAUCACAUAAUUCUGAUAAUGAAGUUAGUAAAAAUGUAGAUUUAUUAGGGACGGAUAAUGAGGAAUCUUCUAGUAAUACAGAAAAUAAAGAAAAUAAAACACCUAAAACUUAUCAAGAUUAUUUAGAACUUCAAAAAAAAAUUAUUUCAAAAAGAAAAAUGCAUAAUGAUUCUGUAACUGAUAUAUUCAAUUAUAAAAGAAAUCAAAACUGUGAUGUACCAAAAGUAUAUACUGAAAAUGGAACUAUAUCUGAUGUACAACAAAAGUAUGAUAAAGUAUUUAAUGUAAUUGAUGAUAAUCAGUUACAAAAAUCGGAAGUACCAAACCCAAUUUACAAUACAUCAGUUCAAACUUGGCUUUCACGCAAUCCACAAUCAGAAACAUCCCAUUUGCAAUCCUCAAACCCUCAAGUUACUAAAUCUAUUAUCAAACAAAAAUGUGACAUGGAAACGCAAACGUGCCCUAGUGAUGUAACAGAUGACAAAGCAUUGGAAACCAAGAAGUAUAGUGAACCCAAUACUAGUGAUUUACUCAAAAUUAUCGCCCAACAAAAUGAGCAGCUUCUAAUUCUACAAAAACAGGUAGCGUUGCUAUUGGAACGCGAUAGAAAUUAUACGAAACCAAUAGAAGCGCCAAUUGAAGAUAGAAAAGUACCAGAAACGAAAACGUGUACUAUGAAUUCCACUCCGCAAAAAAAACAUUUCAGACAAGAGAAUAUGAUAACCAGACAAUCCAGUAUAUUCCAGGAUAACCAAAGGAAAUGGGGGAUGUCGAAAUUUUCCAUAAAUUUAACCACUAGUUUCGAUAUGCCCAUUAGAUCCCAACAAAAACAGAAUUUUUUCAAUAACGAACCGCAAAUACAGGAAAUAACCGAGUCGGAUACGUCGAGAAAAAACGACAAUCACCUCGAACAAUCUCUACAUUUACAAGAACCUGUGAAUGUAAGGGAGCAAUGUCCAAGUCCUCAACCCAGCAUUAAUAUAAACAUGAACGAUUACGAAAGUUCAGAUGAAGAAUCGUCUUCGGAAAUCGGCGCUUCUUUCUAUAAUAAUCUCAUGGGGCAAGUUAACAACAUAUUGAAGAAAGCGCAUUUGAAAAAUGAAAAAGUGCCUGAAGAUGAAACUUUGGAUAAAGUUAAGGAAGCUACGUUGAAACAUUUGAAGAAUUUAGGUAUCACCGUCGACGAUAGAACAGAUUUUGUUAGAAAUAAUGGAAAUUACAGUCCUUCGGAAAUCAGUCUUACAGUGAAGCAAUUAUUGAUGAAAUAUCUACCGAAAGAUCAAGGGAAACAGCAAGAAAAGGGAUUUCCCGGAGUUUCUGAAGGGGUACUAGAAGCUAGACCGGAAUUUUCUAUGGCUAGUUUGGAAUAUAUGAAAAAAUAUAAUUUGAUAGCUUCCAAAGGAACAGUUCCCGAUAUUAUUAAUCAGAAAAAUAUUGAACGAAAUGGUUAUAAUAAUCAAGAGCAGAAUAGGAGAAUACUUGAUUUGACGGCUUUGAAAAUGCAACCAAAACUUUUAUAAUAAUAAAAAUGUUAUAUUUAUAUUUUUAAUAAAAAUCUGUAA